AGUAGUUUGUUUCGUGCACAACAUCACAGAGGCAACAUUCAAAAUGGCAGUUACUCUCCACACAGAUCUAGGAGAUCUUAAGAUCGAGCUGUUCUGUGAACGCGCUCCCAGAUCUUGUGAGAACUUCCUGGCUUUGUGUGCAAGCGGCUACUACAAUGGCUGCGCCUUUCAUCGAAAUAUAAAAGGCUUCAUGGUUCAAACUGGAGACCCAACAGGUACAGGUAAAGGAGGAACGAGCAUAUGGGGUCGCAAGUUCGAAGAUGAGUUCAGUGAGCACUUAAAGCACAAUGUCAGAGGAGUGGUGUCAAUGGCAAAUAAUGGCCCGAACACCAAUGGUUCCCAGUUUUUCUUCACAUAUGCCAAACAACCUCACCUGGACAUGAAGUACACAGUGUUUGGAAAGAUCAUUGAUGGCUUAGAAACGCUUGAUGAGCUGGAGAAGCUGCCGGUAAACGAGAAGACGUUCCGUCCACUUACUGAGAGCCGGAUAAAGGAUGUGACUAUCCAUGCUAACCCAUUUGCUGGAUAGACAUCUUUCAUCUCAGAUGUUGUUUUUUUGUUGUUGUUUCAGUGGGGCAGAAGAUGCAGUGCCUUGACAAUGUUCAAGUGAAUUGCUUUUCACAGGGAGACAAGAAACUGGAGCAAAUACACCCAAUGGGAAAUAACUAACUAUGAAGCUUCUUAGUUUCAGUUGUGUUUUUACCAAAAAGGAAACUCACUUACUGGAUUUUUCCUAAAUCUCAACUGAUGAUUAAAAACUUAAAGAAAGAAAAUCUAUAAUCACAGUAUUUGCCCAUUUCUUUAGCUCCACUUAAAAAAAAACCACCAAGAUGGCUCAAUGGUUUAAAAAAGGUUCCUGAAAAAUUGUUCACAACCACGCCUAAGCUGGAAACAUAAUUGAGCCUUUCUUCUGUUUCAAUGUUCUGUAUUUUAUCAUAUGCCUUUUGUUAAACAGAUACCAAGUCUUCUUGGCUAAAUAAAUUGUUUUAUAUGUUUUUGUCUCAUUUAAUUAUAGUCUCUGUUAUGGAAAGUUGCUUAAGAGCUCGUAAUGGAUGUAGAACAAAAUUUCAGGUGCAUCACAUUCUAAAGAAAACAUGGAUCCUGCAUUAAAAAAAAGCUUUUUUGACAUCUCAACUUACUGAAAAUGCAUCCAUGUUAUGUGCUGUAUAUGAUGUAAUCAGUGCAUGAUAGUGGCUCCUGUUAGCAUGAAUCAGUGCAUCAUGGCAUGGAGGCAAUAAGCCUUUAUUUCACAUAAGUCUCUAUGAAAGCUCAGUUUACCUUUAGAAGUUAUUGAGUACAUUUACCAGUGUUUCCUGGUGGAAAGAGUUAAGUGUCCUGGAAGAAGACAGUGCUGAUUUGGGACUUCAAUAUUGGGCUGUGGACAUUCAAUAUCCAAUUACAUCACAUGCCUUCACAACUCAUUUAUUUCCACUGGGUAUCAAGUAACUAGUUCUCUGCUUCUCCACUCUUCCACCAGACUCUGGGACAAGACUCAAUUCUAAACAAAGAUCAAGUUUUACAUGUAAUCAAAGUGAAGCUUUGCAUGGCUGAGAACAUUGCACUGUGUUUUUUCCUAAACUGGACACAGAUCAGAUAAAUGUAGUGUGUAUUUCUUGGGACAAACAGGAAAGCUGUGGAUAAAGGAAAGACCCACUGCUCAUACAAGACUUUGUAACUUACAUGAGAUAUUUCUUUCUGUGAAUCUUAUUGUGACAUUUGCUAAAAGGCCAUCUGAGACUUGGAAAAACUCUUUUGGAUGGUACAUUCUAUGAAGUCA